GUUCGUUCGGGUCCGGGGGAAAUAAGCGUAUUCGGGACUCCCGACUCUCUCGUCCCUCGUCGUGUCGUCGUCGCCAUAGUGAAAAUGGCGGUUACUAGCUUACGUGAAUGACGACUAUCCUCGCUCUACGGAGAGGGUCCCCGUAAUAUAUCGUCGCCGCGAUCGCGCGGAGAGCCAGAAAGAAAGAAAGAAAGAGAAAAAAGGGGCAAGCGAGAGUGCGUACGGUGCGUUACGUAUCCAGUAUACAAAGGGGGCUAAAAACUGUGUUGUAUCAUAUGAUUUAUCUGGGGAGUAAAGAUGCAGAAUGUAGUACAAGGAACGACCUCGGAUAGCCAGAAAAGCAGCAGCCACGAGAGGCAGCAGUCCGCGCCAGCAUCGUCAUCGUCGUCGGCGUUAGUUUACCAGGACAAUACUGGAAAGACCUCGUCGACUCCCCAGUCCUCGAACUCGAGCCCGACGAAAUCGGAAACCGAGACCUACUCGGAACUGCAGCCACGUUUUAUGACUGACUCGUCGGAAAGCGAAGAGGACAGCGUUUCCGAGGUGGAGUGUUUUGCGAUCGACCAAGAAUUGGACGAAGAUCAUCCUGAAUCGUCGAAAUUUCUGUUAACACCCGAGGACCCCGAGCGUUCCGUAGACCCGGAGACCCAAGCGCGUCUGGAGGCGCUCUUGGAGGCGGCCGGUAUCGGGAAGCUGUCGUCGGGUGAUGGCAAGCACUUGGCCGAUCACGAGGUGUUACGUCGCUUAACAUCCAGUGUUUCUUGUGCAUUAGACGAGGCCGCGGCCGCAUUAACACGUAUGCGCAGUGACAAUCCACGUACGCCGAACGAAAAACGUUCUCUCGUCGAGGCCUGCACCGACGGGGACGUCGGUACUGUUCGGAAAUUGUUGACCGAGGGUCGGAGCGUUCAUGAGACUACCGAGGAGGGAGAAAGUUUGCUCUCCUUAGCUUGUUCUGCAGGUUACUACGAGCUUGCUCAGGUUCUUUUGGCAAUGAAUGCUAAUGUGGAAGAUCGCGGUAUCAAAGGGGACUGUACCCCUUUAAUGGAAGCUGCCAGUGCAGGACAUGUAGAUAUAGUGAGUCUGUUGAUCGCUCAUGGAGCAGAUGUCAAUGCUCAGUCUACAUCAGGGAAUACACCUCUUAUGUAUGGUUGCGCCGGUGGGCACGAGGAGGUUGUACGUGUUUUAUUAGAAGCAGGAGCUAACGUUGAAGAUCACAAUGAGAAUGGUCAUACACCUUUGAUGGAAGCUGCGAGUGCCGGUCAUGUUCAGGUUGCCAAGAUCUUACUUGAUAACGGAGCCGGCAUCAAUACUCAUUCUAAUGAAUUUAAAGAAUCGGCAUUAACGUUAGCCUGCUAUAAAGGACACUUAGAGAUGGUACGCUUCUUGUUGGAAGCCGGCGCAGACCAGGAGCAUAAAACUGAUGAGAUGCAUACAGCUCUUAUGGAAGCCUCUAUGGAUGGUCAUGUGGAAGUUGCCCGUUUGCUCUUAGAUUCAGGUGCUCAAGUAAAUAUGCCCACCGACAGUUUCGAGUCGCCUCUCACGUUAGCAGCUUGCGGUGGUCAUGUAGACUUAGCAAUGCUCUUGAUUGAACGUGGAGCUAACAUCGAAGAAGUCAACGAUGAAGGUUACACACCACUAAUGGAGGCUGCACGCGAGGGUCAUGAAGAAAUGGUCGCUUUACUUUUAAGUCAAGGUGCAAACAUCAACGCCCAAACGGAAGAAACUCAAGAAACGGCUCUUACCCUGGCUUGUUGUGGGGGUUUCCUGGAAGUUGCAGAUUUUUUAAUCAAGGCGGGGGCGGAUAUAGAAUUGGGUGCGUCCACUCCUUUGAUGGAAGCUGCACAAGAAGGGCAUUUGGAUCUCGUGCGAUAUUUAUUAGAUUCCAAUGCUGAUGUUCAGGCCCAGACGCAAACCGGGGACACAGCUUUGACAUACGCCUGCGAGAAUGGUCAUACAGACGUCGCCGAUCAUUUACUUCAAUACAAUGCCGAUUUAGAGCAUGAGUCGGAAGGUGGUAGAACACCACUAAUGAAGGCUUGUAGGGCGGGUCAUCUCUGCACAGUUCAAUUUCUUAUUUCGAAACAAGCUGAUGUCAAUCGACAAACGACAAAUAAUGAUCACACUCCUCUUUCAUUGGCAUGCGCUGGUGGUCACCUUGCAGUAGUUGAACUGCUUCUAGCACAAUCUGCAAAUCCAUUUCAUAAAUUGAAGGAUAACUCCACCAUGCUAAUUGAAGCGGCGAAAGGUGGUCAUACUGCUGUUGUUCAACUUUUAUUAGACUAUCCUCAUAGCAUUAUGAUGAAUGCCCCACAUAGUGCUGCCUCCGCAUCUAUGUUAUUACCGCAACAACAGCAGCAGCAGCAACAACAACCACAACAGCAGCAGCAGCAGCAUAUAAGCCAUCAGCAACAUAUACCACCUCACCCUCAGCAAGCGUCCACCCAGCCGCAGCAUCAGCAACAGCAGCAACAGACGACUGAACAACAAACGCAAAAUCUUCAACUCAAACACAAUACACAAAAGUCAUUAUUGAGAAAGAAUCGAUCAGUGACUAUGAUGCCCGACAUGAGCCUUACUUCCGCCGAAGCUCAACAGGUUCGGUCACAACCUGCAGGAGAGCCGGCCGCCAUUACUAAGGACGACACGAAUAUUCUCGAUAAAGGCAGCGGAGGGUUCACGAGUCUGUCGGAACCCAACAUUAGUCUUAGCCCGACAUCGACAGCGCCGACUCAAGGAGUAAACAUCACCGACAGUCGAAAGAAUAUUAGACAAGAGCAAAUAAUUCAUAAACAACAAAUACUUGAAGAAUUACAAAGGGUAGAGCGGGAAUUGCAGAUGAAAAGUGCGGGGCAUAUAUUUUCGAGUCCACGAAGUUCCAUAGUGAAUCAGUCCCAGCAACAGCAGGAUCCCAGCGAGACCGAGACGUUGCUACCAGGCGUGCUGAAUAUCGACUUGCCAGGUCAAUCGACGUCUCAUGGUCUAGUUUGCAACACCACCGGUAUGACAGGCAAUUCAUUGACGUACCACGGAACCAGCGACGCGGCUCUGGUAUGCAGCGCUUAUAUCGACAGCAAGCUGAUGGGGAUGCAGAACGCGGCGCACUACCCGAAGAUGCCUGUUCCCAGCACGUUGGAGACCUUCCCCACGGACACCUUUCCUUCUUCGCCCCCCUUGACACUCGCCCCGUUACCCGCCACCACCGCCAUGCCGCUGAUCACCACUUCCUCAACGGCGACCCCGAGUCCGCCGAGCAUCUCCACUUCCCCGACCAUCAUCGCCGUCUCCCAGUCGCCCAUCACCGCGAGCAGCGACGUCAGCCAGAACACUGCGAUAAGCGAUCGCCCGAAGGCAAAGCCGGUGUCUAAGAAGGAAGGAAAGAAUAUACGGAAGGCGACAUCCGGCAUGGGAAUGGCGAAACUGCAGCAGACCCAGGCGACCAUCAUGGCCGGGCUGCAGCAGCAGUAUCAGCAGAAGCAACGGCAGCACCCUUCUUAUCAGGUACAACAGGUCCAACAGCUGCAACAGCUCAAUCAGCAAUUGCAGCUUCAGCUGGAUCAAGUGCAGAUACAACAACAAUCCCAGCCACAAUCGCAAGCACAACAAUCUCAUUUACAACAGCAAACGAAUGUAAUUGGUAAUAGUACGAAUAGCAUAAUGAUGCCCACUCAACUAAUGCCGCACUUGCAUCCUACGCAUCACCAUUUGCAUAGCCAGCAAUCGGCUCAAGAAAUUCUUCCCGAACCAACGGAUCCUGAAAUGCUACGAAAGUACAGGGAUACUUGUGCAUUUUUUACCGGAGCACAAAAAUCUAAAACUUUCUCCACUAAUGAAAGGGUGUUCAAACUGGAAGAUGGUACCGAUAUUCCUAUUGAUGAAGCAUUUGAUUUUCGCUCCAUCAAUUUCGACGAUGCAGUUGACACACUGGAGGACAAUCAAGAAAAGCUUGAUCUUAAGAGAUUGGACAUGUCGAGCAGCAAAGAACAGCAACAACAGCAGCAGCAGCACUUGCAGACUCAAAUAGUUCAGCAAAGCGGAAGUCCUCACGCGUCUCAGGAAUAUUUCACUGGUCCUGUGCUAUCAGUACCAUCGGUCUCCUCCCUACCUACGUUACCGUCGCUACAAGUCACUAGCGCCGGUGUCCAGAUAGAGGCAGACAUAUCAGCGGGUUUACAACUAACGAGUACGCAAUCCUUACAAAAUCCAGUGCUGAAACAUCGUUUAAAAGCCUUCGAGGAAGGUUUUCGUCAGGGUAGCAUGCACUUUCGUGAGUGUAUGUCGCAUGUUAGCGGCGACACCUUCCAACAAUUGUUACUUCAAUCCUCUCAGAUAACAUUUCCUACGCAAACAUUACCAGCUGUGAGCGGAGCAACGGGAAUAAUAGACAGUAUACCACCUCACCAGUCGAGUAGUUAUACGCAAUCCACGACUUGUAGCGCUAAUCAAGUUCAAGUCGCCACGCAGACCCAGGCACCUGCCACCACGACUUCUUCGAACAUCGGAACCGUCGAUAAGAAGCAAGUGUACACCGCCCCGAUAACGGGGAAGAGCAAGAAGACCAGAUAUCCCCUCCUCUCGCAGCAGCAAUCUUGCCAGCAACAACAAAGCACUGCCAGUGCUCAACAAACUUCGAAUUUUCCGGCGCAAAACUAUCAACUGGAUCCAGUUGCAGCAGUUGGAGGCUACACGACCAACCAAGUUCCACCUACUCCAUUUUCAUGUAUGGAUGUUGAUUCGGAAACUGACAGCAAUCACGACACAGCGUUGACUUUAGCUUGUGCUGGAGGACACGAAGAUCUCGUAGAACUUCUCCUGAGUCGCGGUGCAGAUAUAGAACAUAGAGAUAAGAAGGGAUUUACUCCACUGAUCUUGGCCGCAACUGCCGGCCAUCAGAAAGUGGUCGAUAUUCUUCUGAAUCAUGGAGCCGAUAUUGAAGCGCAAUCUGAACGUACCAAGGACACGCCGUUGUCUCUCGCGUGUAGCGGAGGCAGAUACGAGGUAGUCGAACUGCUGCUUAAUCGCGGCGCGAAUAAGGAACAUCGCAACGUUUCCGAUUACACUCCCUUGAGUCUCGCAGCAUCUGGCGGUUAUGUGAAUAUCAUAAAACUUCUACUUAGCCACGGUGCCGAAAUUAAUUCUCGCACCGGCUCGAAACUGGGCAUAUCCCCACUUAUGCUAGCUGCCAUGAAUGGACAUACUGCGGCAGUUAAAUUACUAUUGGACAUGGGCAGUGAUAUAAAUGCCCAGAUCGAGACGAACCGUAAUACCGCGUUGACCCUUGCAUGCUUCCAAGGCAGACACGAAGUGGUUAGUCUUCUUCUUGAUAGAAAAGCUAACGUCGAGCAUCGAGCCAAGACUGGUCUAACACCACUCAUGGAGGCUGCUAGCGGUGGAUACGUUGAAGUCGGUCGGGUGUUGCUUAGCAAAGGCGCAGAUGUUAACGCAACUCCUGUCCCAUCUUCUCGCGAUACUGCUUUAACUAUCGCCGCUGAUAAAGGUCACUGCCGUUUCGUAGAGCUCUUAUUGACGAGAGGGACUCAAGUCGGUAAAAAUAAAAAGGGAAACAGUCCAUUAUGGUUGGCUGCAAACGGCGGACAUCUCAGUGUCGUGGAUUUAUUGUAUCAUGCGAAUGCAGAUAUCGACUCGCAGGAUAACCGCAAGGUUUCCUGCUUGAUGGCUGCUUUUCGGAAGGGUCACAUUAAAGUAGUAAAGUGGAUGGUGAAUCACGUGACACAGUUCCCGAGCGAUCAGGAGAUGACGAGGUACAUCGCGACUGUCAGCGACAAGGAGCUCUUAGAGAAAUGUCAGGAGUGCGUGAAGGUGAUAAGAGCGGCCAAGGAGACCCAGGCCGCGAAGGCGAACAAGAAUGCGACGAUUCUGCUGGAAGAGCUCGACAUGGAAAAGACGAGGGAGGAAUCGAAGAAGGCGGCCGCCGCGCGACGACGGGAGAAGAAGAAGAAGAAGCUGGAGAAGAAGGAGGAGAAGCGCACUCACGAGGAGUACAAGAAGAACGAGACGGCUUUCGAGGACAAGGAGGACAACGGGAAGAAAUCGGGCGACGAGGAAUGCGACCGGGCGGACGACAGCGAGCACGAGGGCGGCGAUGAGAGGAUGGAGAGCGUGCCCUCGCCUAUGAACAGAAGCCCCGAGGAUCCCGACAGGGAGGAAGGCGACAGCGGAAUAGACGCGAACAGUCAGGGCAGUUGUAGCAGCAACGACGUGAAGCAAGGGAAGAAGAAGAAGGAUAAAAAGAAGAAGAAGAACAAUAGUCCGAAUAACAACGACAAGAAUACGUCUCCGCAGCGUUCACCGAAGACGCUUCUCGCGCAGAGUAACAAUUUGUCGCAAAAUACAGCGACGUCAACUAAAUCCCAAAGUAACACUUCGGAAAAACGAAUUAUGACCAAUAUUACCAGCGCGGUGUCUGCAUCGACAACUUCGGUCGCGACAAGAACUUCCACCAUCAUCAGCUCCGAUCGAAAACUAAAGGGUCAGUUAGUUUUCGAAUCGUCUAGGCAUCCUGCCGAUAGGGAGGACUUUGAAGCGACCGGUAAUGAAACUUAUGUUUCUGGCAAAGGGAAGAAGUCUUACAACAAUCAAUACGAUGGCGACACCCUAAACACAUUGACUAAGAUAAAUAACACUAGUCCAAAGCAGAGUGGCAAACGUGAGGAUGGAUGGAAAGAGGUUGUACGAAAAGGGCAAUCGGACGAUUCGAACAGGUAUAUGAAUUCGCCUUUCCGAUCGAAAAUAUCAGUUCCGCCGAACGCUAUUAGUCGAGUAAUAGGCAGAGGUGGUAGUAACAUAAAUGCCAUUCGUACUGCCACGGGUGCGCACAUAGAAGUGGAGAAGCAAAGUAAAUGCCAAGGAGAAAGAAUCAUCACGAUAAAGGGCUCAUCUGAUGCGACGAAACACGCUCACUCGUUGAUAUCUGUACUUAUUAAAGAUCCUGAAGUAGAUAUAUUGCAAAUGCUUUCCAAAUCAAAGCUCAAUGUCAUCACGACUUCUUCUUGGGACAACAAAUCUGCCACAACAAUUGCAACAUGCAAAACGAAAAUUGGAUCUGUAAAUAAGCCGUCUAAUCCAGCCGGUACAACUAACAGUCAAGUUAAUAAAUCGGGGUAUCCCUCGGGGGUAUCUACUGUAAGCCAAUUAGUUCCUCUUCGCUCAUCAUCUUCUAUUAAGCUCGCUGGUGCAUUCACUACUUCUUCACCUCGUGCGACAGCACCUAGACUUGUAGCUGCUGCGGAGAAACGGGCACAAGCCGUAGCCGCGCAGAUGGCCUCCUCGUCGAACACCAAGACGACGAUGUCAUACACAAGCGCGAUCAUGACCGCCGGUAGAGCGGGGACGAAGAUCGUCGCGACCAACACGACGCAGACGUUCGCGGCGAAGCUGUCCGAAAUCACUGCCUCGACCCACAGCUCCACGACGGUCAUGCAAUCCGCUCACGUCGCGCCCAUGAACAAGCAACUGAGCAAGCAACCAGGUGCCCAGGUGGUGACAGUCAUGUCGGCUGCAGCGACCGUUCACACGACCAAUCAGCAGCAGCAACAGCAGCAGUCCGUAAUCAGUACAUCGCCGAAACACUGCCGAUCACUGCCCAUUCUGUCUGCCUCGCCGGCAAUAGUGUCCCAUUAUCCUGGAAAGUCAAGUUAUACCUCGGGUACAAGCGCGAUCUCGUCGUCGGCCACGAGCACGAUGACCAUGACUAACUGCUCGGACAGUUCGAGCGUGUCGACCUCGACCAUUCGAGUGACGUCGUCACCGCCUGCGUCCUCGCAUACACAGGUACUGCCGCCUCCGUCACCGGCGCAGCAACAGCAGCAGCAGCAAGCUGCUGCUCGUAGCUCGACGCCUGUUGUGAUGCAGCAAGAGCAGCAACAACAACACAAUUUACAACAGCAACACCAGCAACAACAGCUGCCUACGAGCACACCCUUGGAAUACUCCCUGUUCAAUGAUACUUUUACCAAGGUCACGCAACAGUCGAUGUGGGGCGGAAGGGAGAACGAAACUCAGAAAGGCAUGAAUUUCGCGACUGUUGCGGGCGGUGGUGUAUCUUCGAACGCGAGUUCCAGCUCGUCCUCAGCUAAAUUCGACACUUCUCCACCUCAGGUGGACGCGUCUAAGGCACCUGGAUACCGCGGAGCAACCAUGUGUUCUCCAGUCUCCAGCAAACCGGGGCUCGCUAACAACUCGUCGACCAGCAGCAUGAACAUCGGCAGCGUGGUGUCCUGUUCCAUGCCAAGCAAUCCCAUGCAAUCCGCGCAGUUCCCAUCCUCGACGAGUUACAACGAGCACCAGUUGCCCAACAAACCACCUGGAGGUUUAGCCGUGGCCAGACCGGUGAUACCCCAGCAGAGCAUCGAUCUGGCGGCGGCGCAGUUCAACCGACCGGCGAUCUUCCAGGGCGACUUAGGGGCCAGGAACGCGACGACGCACCAGCCGCCGACGGCUGGCCACGUGAUCCCGUCCUCGUCCACGUCGCAGCCCGGCCUGGACCUCUUCAAGACGGCGAAUAGCGGUGCCGCGGGCGGCUACGAGCACCCGAACUCGAGCCUCCUAAAGAUGGUCCCGAACGAGCAGCAGAACCAGGGCGCCACCGCGGCCGCCGCGAGUCAUCCUCUUCUGCCGUUUCACCCGCACAUGCAGAGCUUCGCCCAGACCAUCGCGCCACCGUCCACCUCCUCCGUGAUCAACACGACCGUCAGCAUGUCGAGGCUGAAUCCCCGUGCCCCCGACUUCUCCAGCUCGUUGCACCUGGGCAACAAGUCCCAGGUGACAAUGUUCAACGCCGCAACCGGCUCGGCGCUGCACCCGGCGAACAUGUUCGCGGCCACGGUACCAGCCCCGCCGCCGUCCGCGAUUCAGCAGUCUAAUAAUUUAGCGAUGCUGGGUAACUUUCCUCUGGGGAAAUACCAGGCGCCCUCCCGGGUGACGCCGGCCGCGGCGGCGGCGGCUGCCGCGGCGGCCGCCGCUAACCCCGGGAUAUCCACGACCGCGCAGACGCGCUGGCCGUUCGGCGCCGGGCCAGCGCCUCACGCGAACUAUCCGCCGCACCAGCAGGACCCCAUCAUCAGCCAGAUCGGAUUCUCCAAUCACCUGGCAAACAUCGCUGGUGCUCAGCCCGGCGGCGGCGCCGGGAUCGACCUGAUUACGAGUUUGGAGAACGGCGGCUCGCCGGCGAUUUCGCCCUCGUCGCCGGCCCAGGUCACCCAGGAAAUGAGCCAGCUGAAGCUGGAAGACCGCAAGGUCCCGCGGCCGAUCGGCACUGAGAGAGCGACCUGGAAGAACUAUUCCGCCGCGGGCAUUGGUCCCGGCGGUGACGCCGACUCCAUCAGCUGGAUACUCAACGAGAAGCUGGGUUGGUCCUCCAAUUGCACUCUGACACCUGCGAUAGACAGGCAUCAGAUGUUCCGCUCGAACUCCACUUACAAUCAACGUAUGGCCAACGUCGAGCCCGAGCUUCAUCAAAUGAUGGAGUCUAGCUUUCAGGGUCAUGUGGAUGCGCAACCUUUCCCAACUAACGGGAACACCGCGGCUCUGUCACUUAUACCGAGUUUGACGCUAAUGCCAGGACAAUUUGGAACGCCCGGUUUGACGGAAAUACCUCCGAAUGAACAGAAUAAGAUAGAGCCUCCGGCCUGGGGAAUGCCUGAUGCCGUGCAAGACAACAAGCAACAUCCGGCGUGGACUAAAUGGACUCAUUAAAAGAAAAAAAGAUCACAUUUUGACACAACUUCUUCAAAUCUCUGACGAUGAAAACAUUUGCAAUUCGUAGUAGUGAUAGAUUCGAAAAAAUCGUUUAAUUAUUUGUAGGUACGCAUAUAAAAAUUUAUGAUCUUAUUUAAAAAAUCCAAUCGAUAUUCUUUAUAAUUGCAUAUCAUGCUUAAAUGAUAAACGAAACACGAGAUCCUUAAUUAUUCGACUCUUAUUGCUAUUAUUAGAUAUAUCAACUUAGAAUAUAAAAGAGAAGAUAAGGGAGAAUAUGAAGGGGCCCCUCUACAUCUGGAUCGCUAGGUUUGCACAGAAGAAAAAAAAAUAAAAAGAACCCAAUUGCAGAUGACGUCAUCAUGCAUCUAGCGAUCUACGUGGACAGACGGGUCCCUUACAGCAUCAGUACAUAACACUGAAACUGAUUGAUAAUAAUUUGGCAGAGUAAUAUGAUCACUUCGUACGACAAGUCGCUAUCAGUUACUAUAAAGUAGCAUCCUGAUGAACAUCUUGAUGAAUAAUAAUUAAACCGCUAAUAAUGAUGAAUAUUUUCUCUCGUUGAAACUGACUUGAAUUUGCGAAGAGGAGGCUUGAAAAAAAAUCACAGAUCUAUAUAUUAUUGCGAGAUAAAAAAUUCACAAACGCACAUUUUUUUCUUUACAAAGAACGGGAUUUAAAUUACAAGUUAUUUUACAUUAGGAGCAGCUGUUCUCUUCUUACGCUAUAUAUAUGAUUCUUUGUAUUAGUUGAUGAAGAUUGUGUUGAAAUUGUUCAGAGGAAAAAGAAGGAUUUCUUUGCUGUAAUAAUAAUAAUAAUAAUAAUAAUAAUAAUAAUAAUAAUAAUAAUAAUAUAUGUGUAUGAAUAUGAAAAAGUUGUAGAAACACACACUUGCUUAUAAUUCCGAUUACUUCCAUAUGGCAGAGUGAGAAUAAACCAGAUAUAGAAGGA